UGAUCCUUAAUGGCGAUUAGGACUCAUGUCAUGUGUUAUUAUUGUUUGAGCACAUGGCCAAGACACUGCCAGCCUGCCAUAUGCUAGUGGAUGCGAAGGCAGCGCUUCCACCUAAUCUUCGGAACAUGGGUCCAUGUAAUACUUAAGGCCUCAUUCCUUGAAGCUGGAAUCCAUAGACACUCUUGUCUCCCAUCAAGUACUUACUGUAGAUUGCCGCUAUGCGUCUUAUCAUCCGCGACGACCCUGCUGCUGUCGGUGACUAUGUCGCCAACUACAUUGCCAAACGCAUUAAUGACUUCGCACCCACCGCCGACAAACCUUUCGUGCUCGGUCUCCCAACCGGCUCCUCUCCUAUUCCAACUUACAAAGCCCUCAUCAACAAAGUCAAGCAGGGCAGCUUAUCGUUCAAGCACGUCAUCACUUUCAACAUGGACGAGUAUGUCGGCAUUCCUCGCGACCACCCAGAGUCCUACCAUACAUUCAUGUUCCGCGAGUUUUUCUCCCAUAUCGAUAUUCCCCCUUCCCAAGUCAAUUUACUGGAUGGAAACGCCGAAGACUUGGUCGCGGAAUGCAACACAUACGAGUCCCGCAUCAAGCAGUGUGGAGGUAUCGAACUCUUCCUGGGUGGUAUCGGCGAGGAUGGUCAUAUCGCAUUCAACGAGCCUGGCUCGUCCCUCGCCUCCCGUACCCGCAUCAAGACACUCGCUUAUGACACCAUCCUCGCCAACGCCCGCUUUUUUAACAACAACAUUGCUGCUGUCCCCCGUAUGGCCCUUACAGUCGGUGUUGCCACAGUGCUUGAAUCAAGGGAAGUCGUGGUUGUGGUCACGGGCCAGAGAAAGAGCUUAGCUCUUAGCAAGGCUAUCGAGGACGGCGUAAACCACCUUUGGACUCUCUCGGCGCUGCAACUCCAUCCUUGGGCGUUAAUUGUAGUUGAUGAAGAUGCUACAGCUGAGCUGCAUGUCAAAACAGUCAAAUAUUUCAAGUCAAUCGAACGCGUGCAAGAUGAGGUGGAGCAACGGCAGGCGGAACUGAAGGCGAGAGGUCGGACAGAGCACCAGGGGCAGGUCGGCAGCAUGGAGUGAUGUUUUUCUGUCCAUACUAUGAGAUAUGAUGAUCAAGUAGAACAGAUAAGAUGUUUAGAACUGUAAUUUUCUUCAGUUAAACAGACAUCAGAUUUGCGUCCAACCAAUAUUUUGAUCUCACUUGUCGUGUCACUUAG